GAAGUCAGGCUUGUGUAGCUGUUUCCACAGAUAAAGACUGCUGGGAAAGCAGCACAUGUCAAACUAUUUGCGUAACCUUUGUGGAUCUGACAUGUAUAUCAGGAUGUGUAUUCGAUCACGCUUUUGCUCGAAUCCAAGACCGUUCGUAAUAUAUCCACCAGGUUGAUCAUUUUCAGUUGUUACUGGAACACUUAUUUCCUUUAGAUUUCAAACGGACAAUGUAAUUAUGAUUUUUUUCUUCAGUUGUAAACUAUCUACAAUAUUUCUGCAGUGUACUGUACCCAUGUUUUAUUUAUUUACCCACACCCACAUCCAAAUGUUUGCUCCUUUCCCAUGCCAAAACAUUGAUAAUGUUAAAAAUAAUGCUUAAAGAUAAGAAAGUUGAUAUAAGAAGUGUAGAAAGUGUGUAGUUGCUGCCAAACUACAAAGAACAGAGCUGACUAGACUUUGAACUUUGGAAUCGCUCAUUCAUGUUGUCCGGUGGUUUUUUGUGUGUCCUUGUCGUGGGUUCCGUCCUGGGACUAACUCACAGUGAUGUCGUGUCUGACUUCAAUGCCGAGCCUGACUGCAUAAAGUACUUCUACAAAGGGAUAGUGCCCAAAUGGGGAUCCGACACGCCUGGUGCUGCCCGACUCUGCCAGCGUUUCCAGAACCGGUUUCAUUUUGCCACGCUGUAUGACACACACCACCGCAUUGCUGUCUACUCGGCGUACAUUUUUGAGCCCAGCAACGGGGGAGGCAGAGAGAAGCGCUGGUUUGUAGAGCCCCAGUUGGUUAAUCAGAACUGGGCAGGGGAAAUGAGAGAUGGCUAUUGGCUCGGACAGGACUAUCCAGGUAUCUACCAGGGUGACAGACAGGCUCUGAAUGAGGAUUACACUAAAUCAGGGUUUGACCGUGGCCACCUCAAUCCCAAUGGACACCAUGCAGUGCCAAGUCGUAAUGCCACAUUCACCCUCACGAACGUGGUGCCUCAGAACCCAAAACUGAACCAGAAUGCUUGGGCUAAUCAUGAGUCCAACCUGGCUAAGAUGUUCAGCGCUCAGUGCGACAAGGCCUACGUGCUGGUUGGUGCCAUUCCGUCUGUCGACAACUGGAUCAUCAAGAAUAAUGUCCAACGUGUCAAUAUCCCAGAGUACAUGUGGAACGCAUACUGCUGCAUCGAUCGCAACGGCACUCCCAUUCGCAGUGGAGCUGCAAUUGCCCUCAACACUGAGCAGAAUCUAGUUGUGCAGUACACACUGAGUCAAAUGGUUGGCUUUCUUCAGCAAUACUCUAACACACCAGUAGGAGAGCUGUUCCAAAAUCAAUGCCAGUAACAGCUUAUAACGUUGCUUCCCAAACUGGUUAUUCUAUUUUAAGGUUUGAGCAGUGGAAAGUCAUUAAAAUUGUAUAUCUA